AUGGAUGACUCGCCUGCUGCCGAGAUGCACGUUUUCAAGAAGCCAAAACCCCUACGGCUCUACGACCAGCAAGCACCGCUGGUGGGCGGCGACGGCGGCGGCUAUGAUCUCGACCUCGAUCUCAUCAACCACCUCCCGGACGCGAUCCUCGGCACCAUCGUCUCCCUCCUCCCUACAAAGGACGGCGCCCGCACGCAGGCGAUCUCCCGCCGGUGGCUCCCCCUAUGGCGCUCCCACAUGGCCCCGCUCAACCUCGUGGCCAAUUACCAGCUCUCAGACGACAAAUCACGCGUCGCGGUGGUUUCCAAGAUCCUCUCCGACCAUCCCGGCCCAGCCCGUCGCUUCUCGCUCAACCCCACAUGCUCCCAAAGUUUCCAGGCCGAGGUCGACGGCUGGUUCCGUUCCGCGUCUCUCGCCGGCCUCCAGGAGCUCCAAGUCACUAACCUGCCGAUGAAACACUACCCGCUGCCGCAACACGCGCUGGUCCGUUUCUCGCCGACGCUUCGCCUGCUGAGGCUCUUCGGCUGCCAAUUCCCCAGCCUGGUCGCCCCGUUGAGUUUCCCGUUCCUCGAGCAGCUCAUCUUGUACGAUGUGGGCAUCUCGGAGGACGCCCUCGAAACCAUGAUCUCUGGCAGCACUGUUUUGAAAAGCGUUUCGCUGCAUGGCAUGCGAUUCAGCCGACUUUGCAUCAGCUCCCCGACCCUUAUGAGCAUUAGCUUCUAUGCACUUCGUUCAAAAGGAGCCAUCACCUUCAAAGAGCUGGUCAUUAGGGACGCGCCAUCCCUAGAGAGGUUGCUACCAAUUUUUCCAGAAGAGGGUCCGGCGACUAUCCGGGUAAUCAGGGCUCCUAAGCUCGAGAUAUUGGGUUUUUUGUCUAAAGGGAUAUCAACUCUCCGUCUUGGAACCAUGGUGUUUCAGGUAGCAUAA